AUGGACCCUGACCUCUGGCUGGAGGCUCGCUCUUCACGGGAGCCCCGGGCAAAAGAUGAAGGGGAACAGACGUGGGUGCCAGACAGAACCAGAGCGUGCUUUGGGUUAAAGCUCUUGCAGUUUCCCCACCCUCACCAAGCCCCAUCCAGCAAGAUCCACAAGAUCCCACAGAGCCGCGGCGUGUCCCUGUCCCCGCGGCAGCCCCAGGCCCAGCCCCGCAGCCCCCGGCAGCGGCGGAUGACGCCCUUCUGGAGAGGAGUGUCCCUGAGACCCAUCGGAGCCUCGUGCAGGGACAACAGCGAGUGCCUCACCAUGCUCUGCAGGAAGAACCGCUGCCUCCUCUCCACUGCCUCAGCGUGAGCGGCACCAAGCACAGCCUGCACUGUUACUGCUGCCCAUGCUCCACACGCUUGGGAUGUAUUUAUUGACUGCUCGGGAGCUGCAAGGGCCUCCAGCGAGCGGAGUAUUUAAUAUUUCUGUCACAUGUGCUGAUGAAAGGACUUCAAGGAGCUCCAGAGC